GUCCGGUUGUUAUGGUGAAGCAUUUCCCUGGAGGGGCUGGCCGUGGCUGGAGCAGCAGCUGACUUCCAGAAGGAGCAGGAGCAGGAGCCGGAGCAGGAGACGGAGCCCUCCUCCUCGCAUGCAUUCAACAGUGCAGUUGCAGCCGGAAGGUGUCCCACGCGGUUCCCCUGGAGGCCCGGCCAGAAUCCUAUCCAGAUACAAUGAUGGUGAUUUGUGAAUAAUCGCCGGUCACCACCAAAGGAUUUUGGAAAGCAGCUUCCUGGAGUUACAAGAAUUUUUUUUUCCAGAUAGGGUCAGUCUUGAACAUUUAAGUGAGAAAUUGAAAAUCAACAUUGGAUUAUUGGCCAAGUGUCACACCAAUGGCAUGAAGAGGAGGACUGACUAUUGGCGACAAUGCUCAGUUUGACUGUUUUCGUUAUUUUGAUACAUUUUUCAUUUUUCUUGGCCAGAUAGAAGUUCCAGUCCGAAACAUGGGAAAGAGACACUGCAGUCAUUCUAUGUGUUGCUUCUUUCUGCAACCACGGAGAUAUUUGUCAUCUCAUUCCACGACAUAAAUUGAAAUCUUUUUUUGGGGGGACUUUAUUUUGUUGAUUUCUGCACCUAUGCAAGAAACCUAUUUUGAAUUAUACAUCCAACACGACACUGAAAUUGUAAAAAAAGCAGAAAUAUUGAGUGACGGUGUUGCGGCGUUAUGGCCGCGGAGCACGGCGAGUUGCUCGCUGAGAUGUCCACCAUCGGCCGCCUGACUGCCACAGAACGUCUCAGACAAGCCCAAAGGCGGCGUGCUCAACAACUGAAGGCGUGGGCCCAAAUGGAGAAGGAUGCGGCACGAGGCUCUAAAGCCAAAGCGGAUAAGAAGAAGCGCACAAGGAGAGUGACCUUCCCCAGCGCCAUCACUCUUCUUGAUGCGGCCGCACGCAAUGACCUGGAUGAGGUGAGGGAGCUGCUCAACAGUGGCGUGAGCCCUGAUCUGGUCAAUGAAGACGGACUCACCGCACUCCAUCAGUGCUGCAUUGAUGACUUUGUGGGCGUGGUGCAGUGCCUGCUGGACGCCGGUGCAAGUGUCAAUGCCUGUGACAGUGAGCUGUGGACACCGCUGCACGCUGCUGCCACCUGUGGGCACACUGGGCUGGUGCAGCUCCUUAUUCAGGCUGGAGCCGACCUGACGGCCGUCAACGCAGACGGAAACAUGCCCUAUGACCUCUGCGAGGAUGAAGCCACUCUUGAGCUCCUGGAGAUGGUCAUGGCUGAGCAGGGCGUCACGCAGGCCCGCAUCGAUGAAUGCCGAGGCGCUAAAGAGGCGGUGAUGCUCGCUGACAUCCGAACGCUACUUCACAACGGAGCCGACUUGAACAGCCAGGAUGAUAACGGAACGGCGCUGCUGCAUAUUGCAUCUGCCAAUGGAUACCUGUCUGUGGCCGAGCUGCUGCUGGAGCACAAGGCUCAGGUGGAGAUAAAGGACUGUGAUGGGUGGACGCCGUUGCAUGCUGCCUCCUGCUGGGGACAAAUCCAAAUGGUGGAGCUGCUGGUGGGCCACGAAGCCAGCUUAGACUCAAAGUCUGUCCUGGAUGAGACUCCCCUGGAUGUGUGCAUGGAUGAAGAGGUCAGAGCCAAACUAAUGGACCUCAAGCACAAACACGAUGCCAUCAUGAAGAGCCAGGACCGCCACAAGGGCACCUUGCAAAGACGAGCUUCUAGUACCGGCAGCAGAGGGAAAGUGGUGCGUCGCGUCAGUGUGAACGAGCGCUCCAGCCUGUACAGGCGGGAGCAUCACAAAGAGGCCGUGGUGUGGCAGGAGAGAGGCUUCCAGUCCGAACCGCAAGACGAUGACGAGGACCGUCUGACUGACAAUGAGCUGCAUCGGCAUGUUGGAGGUGAAGCCUCGUCACAUGCCGAUGAGCCGGACUCUACUGUCGGCAAUAGUGUGUCAAGCCUUGGCAACGGAGGGACAUCGGUUUCUCUGGCCUCUUCUGUGCCUGGAGAGCAAUGGAGCGGAGGAGGUCGCAUGGACCGUAGCGCCUCCUACCAUCUCAACAAAACAUCAGGGCCUGUAGCCGAAGAAGGCUCGGACAGUAUGACCCGGGAAAAAUCUCACCAGACGUUGGCCGAUCUGAAACGGCAACGGGCGGCGGCCAAGCUUAAUAAGUACCCUGCGCCGCCGCCCCCUUUGACCCCACCCAUAGAAGAAGAGACCCCCUCGGUCGCUGCGUCCGAGGUGACGAGUCCUUCGGUGCAGCAGGCGGUCCCCGUGGGGCCACACGGCACCGACACAGUAGCGUCCUCCAGCCAGGUGUUCUUCACACCAGCCAGUGGAGAUCCUCCUUUACUAAAACUGCGAGCUCCCGAGGAAGACCAGUCUACCAAUAAGGAGCCUUGCUGUAGACUCAUGUAGGGGCAGAGAAGAUGGAUUUUUUUUUUUUUUUUACACUCCAACAUUCUUUAUGCGUGUCUGCAUUUAGGCCGCAUGCCACAGCGCUCACAAGUGUUAUUCGUUCCUCUCACCUGAUGAUUUCACAGAAUGGUCCACAGUUUUUUCAAUCUCUGUAAACUGUUACCUGAUACGUUUUUUUUUCAAUUUUUGGAUCAUACUAAAGGCUUUAUGUUAAUAUUUUUAAUGGUGACGUUUGUAAAUGGUCUUUCUCAUAAAUAUAAGUUGAUUUUUAAUUAAAUCCACACCUAAUUCACUCAA